CCAUGGGUGCGACCUGCGAGCAUCGACGGCUGCGCAGAGCGGGAGAGGCCACCAAUGGCCCAUGCCAUUGUGAGAACUUCGACGACACCUUCUACAGGCAGAUAGAGCGCGACUUGGCUGUGUGGCGGAAGACGGGCGUCGGCGGUCAAGUGGAGACGCGAAUGGACCAGCGGCUGUGGCCUGAGAGCAUCAAAAGAGCCAAGAUGCAGGUCAGGAAGGAAGGAAACAAAAACCACACCCUCCCGCGCUUUUCCUCACCGCUGCAUGCAUGAGAUGGUUUGUCGGUGGUGUGCAUGCGCAUGGCAUGUCUGUGUGUCUGUGUGCAGUGCAGAUCGAUGGCAACAGGCUGUACUUAGUGAAUCAUCCGAGCGGUGGCCGUGCGAGGAAGCAUGGCAGGAUGCGAUGUGCCCUGGAGGUCAUCCUCGACGCACUCAGACACUGCACUCUCCCAAGUGUCAGCUUCUGGCUUAAUGUAGCCGGUAGAGUAGGCGGGAGAAAUUGAGGGCAGACAGACGCAAACACACACGUACUGUACACUACUGAAACAUUGUUGUGUGGUGUGGUGUGGUGUCGACAUUGUGGUGACUGACGAUAGAUUGGCCUCUGGUGCCGAAGAAGGCGUCCGAGGGUCCCAUCCCGGUGCUGUCCUUGGCCAAGAGCGACGACUACGCGGACAUCCUCUUCCCCUCGCCCUUCCUAGCUUGUGAGGCCGAUCAAAUCCGCACACAAGCUGCCAACAGCGUCCGUCAGCCAGUCACCCGACCACAAAUCAACUGACUGACACAUCACAUGCAAUGCAUACGAACGAACCAAUCAAUGUACUUACGUAUGUGUGCAUCGCAUCUCUUUUGUGUGCUGUGUGUGCUGCGUGUGCAGUCUGUGCCAUGGGCUUCGAAGAGGUCGGUCAUUUUUUGGCGGGGCCAUCCGUGGUGCGACAUGAGCCGGCCCUCACGCGCUGCAGCCAACGAGAGCACAUGUUCCCGGCUGCUCCUCAGGAAUCAUUCCAUCGCAAGACCCGGUGUGUGUGAUGGCCCCAUGUGUGUGUGAUACGGGCGUACAAACGUGUCCGUGUAGUUCUGCGUUGUGCAGACAUGGUUGAUGCGGGGCUGACAGCGUUUUUCAACGACUACCUGCCUGAGGAGUCUCAGCGUGUGUGGCCCACGCUGUAUGGGCCCAGGAUGGCCCGCGUGCCGCUGCACGAGCAUGCCAGGUACAAGUACCUCAUGCACGUCGACGGCACCACUUACAGCAGCAGAAUUGGUCCGUGGGCGCCUGGAAAGUGGGUUGAUUGAUGUGCACGUGUGAGGAGUCAGUCAGUGAGUGCACAGCGUAAAGCAAAAGGCUUGUUUGUUUCUUCAGGCAAGCUGUUGCUUCUGGACUCAGUGGUGCUUAAGCAGGAGAGCCCAUUCUACGAGUUCUACUACCCCCCUAUGGCCCCGUAUGUCCACUACAUACCUGUGCAUAGAACCCUGGAAGACCUCCAAGACGUACGUACUGGACUGUACUACUGCACUGUACACACGCCAUGCCACACGCCAUGCCCACCACAUCGACAGACGUACGUGUCUGUCUGUCUGUGUAUAUAUGUGUGCAGGUGUAUGUGUGGCUGUCAAAACACGAGGCCGAUGUGCUGAGGGUGCGCAAUGAGGCCGUGAGAUUCGCAGACAAAUACCUCACCCGCAAGGCAGCACGGUGCAUACCUACACAGACACACACGAGCAUUGCACACACACACACAGUGUCUGUGUUGUGUGAGUGGCGUACGGUACGCGUGGGCAUGUCAUGUGCACUGCAGAUGCUAUGUGGUGCGGUUGCUGCACGAGUAUGCCUCUCUGCUCACACACCCUUCGUCCCGAGACGGCCCCAAUAGGGUCGAUCGGUUGGAGUACAGAGGCACACCCGAGGAACAAAAGGCCUUGUUCGAGACAUCUAUGUGGAGCGCUUGAUGAAUGAAUGAAUGAAUGAAUUCAGCAACUGACCGUCGGCCGUGCACACAAUGGUUGUUGAUUGAAACGCACAAGCGUCGGUAUGUGCAGGUCUGUCUGCAUACAUGACAUGGAAGGAAGGAAGUAUGUCUGUCUGUACGUACGUGUGGG